AUGAAGUCAUUUGAACGCCUGGUUCUCUCCCAUCUCAAGUCCCUCACCUCCCCCCUCCUGGACCCCCUGCAGUUCGCCUACAGAGCCAACAGAUCUGUAGACGACGCCAUUAACCUGGCCCUCCACCACAUCCUACAGCACCUGGACUCCCCGGGGACCUACGCCAGGGUCCUGUUCGUGGACUUCAGCUCUGCCUUCAACACAAUCCUGCCAUCCCUGCUCCAGGACAAGCUCUCCCAGCUCAACGUGCCCGAUUCCACCUGCAGGUGGAUCACUGACUUCCUGGCUGGAACAACCGCUCACAGCCUGGAAAGCUCACAGCCUCUAGCAGCCCUGGACGCUCACAAGCCUCUCACAGCGGCUGGACACUACACAGCCUCACGUCAGAUUCCGCUUGGAACGCUCACAGCCUCAUCGCAGAGCCGCUUGGACCUCCCAGCCACUCGCAGCCGCAGGAACCGCAUCACAGCCUCUCGCAGACCGCUGAAAGCUCACAGCCACUCGCAUCUCCUCUCCGCUGAAACGCUCAGCCAGCCUCUCGCAGCCCUGGAACGCUCACAUCGCUGGAACGCACACAGCUCUCAUCAGCCGCUGACGCUCAUCCAACCUCUCGCAGGCCGCAGGAAUCACACAGCCUCUCGCAGCCGCUGGAACGCUCACAGCCGCAGGAGCUCUCACAGCCUCCGUCGCCCGCUGGACGCGUCACAACCAGCCUCUCGCAUCGCAGGACCUCUCACAGCCUCUCGCAGCCGCUGGACGCUCACAGCCUCUCGCCAGGGGCCGCUGGACGCUCACAGCCACUCGCAGACCGCUGAUAACGCUCACAGCCUCUCGCAGCCGCUGAACGCUCCACACCUCUCGAGGCCGCUGGACGCUCACAAGCCUCAUCCGCAGCGCUGGAAACGCUCACAAAGCCACUCGAAGCGCUGGAACGCUCACAUCCUCAUUCGCAGCCGCCUGAAGACUCACAGCCUCUCGCAGCCGCUGGAAGCUCACAGCCCUCUCGCAGGCCGCUGGACGCACACAGCCCCCUGGAAACGCUACACAUCCUCCAUCGCAUCGCAGGACGCUCCACAGCCUCACACAGCCGCUGACACGCUCACACCAUCUCCACAGCCUCUCACAGCGUCUGGGACACGAUCACAGCCACUCGUCAGCAGCCCCUGGACGCUCCACCAGCCUCCGUCCGCAGUCCGCUGGAGCGCACACAAGCCUCUCGCACCGCUGGAAACUCUCACAGCCUCCACGCAGCGGCCCUGGAAACGCUCACAGCCUCUCGCAGAGCCCGCUGACCGCUCACAUCCUCGUCGCAGCCCGCUGACCGCUCACAGCCCUCUUGCAGCCGCUGGAACGCAGAAGCUGCUCAUUACAAAGCAGCCGCAGAUGCCCCCGGAAAACACUGCGGUCCGCUGA